CACCACAUAAAACCAACACUUGGGCCCCAAACUCAGCGUUAUUUUUGUGCGAAAGCAAAAAAUAACCCCAUUAAAAGCCGCACCAAACCGAUUGUAAUCCCCCUAAUCGGUGCACUAAGGCCAGUCGGUCAAAUUUGGCAUGGCACCACAAUACAGCAAGUUUAGUGAGGCCAUCGAUGAACACUUACUUCAUCCCAUUGUCUUUAGUCACCACACUUGACCGACACACACUUUCCCAGCUCCAUAUCUACUCUCUAUCGUCAUCCAUUUCAUAUUUCUUAUCUAUUUUUCUACCAGGAAUUUGUAUGCUUUCUUAGUUACUGCCAAAUUUGCUGUGCUAAACUCUCUUUGAACACAGAACCAAAGCUGGACACUCCUUCUAGUACAAUGUCCAGUAUUAGAUGGUGACAACUCUCUAAUUACUACUCGACGAAAAGCCAGCUUGCUUGGGUAACGUAUGCUUUCCUUCAUAAAAUGGUAGUAACUCCUCAGUUGCAUCAAACAUCUUACACAUCUAUGGCUAAGCAAAACUGUAGGAGUAAAAUUUCUUCUGUUUUCUCCGAUGGAUUUCUCUUUGUUGGUGGAAGUAUUGUGGCUUUGAUAGUUGUCUGGGCGUUAUGGUCUUUUAUGAGCGCUAGUCCCACCGCCGAUCCCAGUUUUUUACCUACUUCCGCCACCCAGAAGUCCGCUUUGGAAACUCCGAGAGACCCGGUUGAUACUGGGUUCAAUUUACGGUUUGACCCGCCCGACCCGACUUACUAUGACGACCCGGAUAUGAGCUAUACUAUGGAGAAGCCCAUGAAAAACUGGGACGAGAAACGAAAGCAAUGGCUGAAGCUGCAUCCAUCAUUCAUCCCCGGUAUAGAAAACCGGAUACUUAUGAUUUCCGGUUCACAGUCGACUCCAUGUAAGAACCCAAUCGGCGACCAUUUGCUGCUGAGAUUCUUCAAGAACAAAGUGGACUACUGCCGAAUUCACGGGUACGAUAUUUUCUACAAUAACGUUUUACUGCAGCCUAAGAUGUGGUCUUUUUGGGCCAAAAUGCCGGCGGUGAAAGCAGCCAUGUUAGCUCAUCCUGAAACUGAAUGGAUCUGGUGGGUAGAUUCAGACGCUGCAUUCACCGAUAUGGACUUUAAGCUUCCAUUGGAUCGUUACAAGAACCAUAACUUCGUUUUACAUGGUUGGGAGAAGCUAAUAUACGAGGAACAAAGCUGGACAAGUAUUAAUGCCGGAGUUUUCUUGAUCCGGAACUGUCAAUGGUCCAUGGACUUGAUGGAAACUUGGUCCAAAAUGGGUCCACAAUCACCGGAGUACGAUAAAUGGGGUGAAAUUUUACAUAGAACUUUCAAAGACAAGAUUUUCAAGGAAUCAGAUGAUCAAUCAGGUCUAGCUUAUUUGUUGUUGAAGGAGAAGGAUAAAUGGGGUGAUAAAAUGUACGUAGAGGGCGAAUAUUACUUCGAAGGGUACUGGGUGGAAAUCGUAGGAACAUUAGACAAUAUCACAGAUAAAUAUUUAGGAGUUGAGAAAGGGGAGGAAAGGUUGAGGAGGAGACAUGCUGAGAGGGUUAGUGAGAGUUAUGCUAAGGUGUGGGAUGAACACCUUAAGGAUGCUGGAUAUGGAAGAUACAGUUGGAGAAGGCCAUUCAUAACACAUUUCACAGGAUGUCAGCCAUGUAGUGGGGAUCACAAUCAGAUGUAUUCUGGUGAGACUUGUUUUGAUGCUAUGCAGAAAGCGUUGAAUUUUGCUGAUAAUCAGGUGUUGAGGAAAUAUGGGUAUAUGCACAAGGACUUGCUUGAUUCUUCUGAUGUUUUUCCUGUGCCUUUCAACUUUCCUGCCUAAUAGUUUUAUUACCUCUCCUUGUUAAUUUUAAGCUCUAUAAAUAUAUAUAUAUAGGUAUGUACUUUACUAUAUAGUCUGUUUUUAAGGUUUUAUUUUGUAUUUUUAUGGUGCAAAAUGCAAUGUUGAGGUAGUUGUAAUAUGGAGUUAACUUAUAUAUAGUGAAGAAAUUUACACUAUUACAACA